CGCUCCUAGCCGGGCCUAAGGUGAUGGCCCCGCCUGGUGACCCGCGGCGCCUUUGCAGGCUGGUUCAGGAAGGCCAGCUGCGCGCCCUGCAGGAAGAGUUGCAGGAGGCAGGAGGCUGCCAGGGACCGGCCGGGGACACCCUCCUGCACUGUGCCGCCCGCCACGGGCGCCAGGACGUCCUCGCCUAUCUGGCCGAGGCCUGGGGCAUGGAUAUCGAGGCCGCCAACCGAGACUACAAGCGGCCUCUGCAUGAGGCUGCCUCUAUGGGCCACCGAGACUGCGUGCGCUAUCUGCUGGGCCGAGGGGCGGCGGUCGACUGCCUAAAGAAGGCCGACUGGACUUCUCUGAUGAUGGCUUGCACAAAGAAUAAUCUCGAGAUUAUCCAGGACCUUGUGGAACAUGGUGCCAAUCCACUCCUGAAGAACAAAGAUGGCUGGAACAGUUUCCACAUUGCCAGUCGAGAAGGUGACCCUCUGAUCCUCCAAUACUUGCUCACUGUUUGCCCAGAUGCCUGGAAGACAGAAAGCAAAAUUAGAAGAACUCCUCUGCACACAGCAGCAAUGCAUGGCUGUUUAGAAGCAGUAAAGGUGUUUCUUGAGAGGUGCCAGUAUGAACCAGACUGCAAAGACAACUGUGGUGUCACCCCCUUUAUGGAUGCAAUUCAGUGUGGUCACAUUGACAUAGCCAGGCUGCUUCUUGAAAAACACAAGGUUUGCUUUUCAGCUAAGGAUAGCCUGGGGGCCCAGGCUCUGCACAGGGCAGCAGUCACUGGCCAGGAUGAGGCCAUACAAUUCUUGGUGUCUGAUCUUGGCAUUGAUGUAGAUGUGAGAGCAACAUCAACCCACCUCACAGCACUUCAUUAUGCAGCUAAGGAAGGACACACAAGCACAGUUCAGACUCUGUUAUCCUUGGGUGCUGACAUCAACUCUAAAGAUGGACGAAAUCGAUCAGCCCUGCAUCUGGCCUGUGCAGGUCAGCACCUAGCUUGUGCCAAGUUUCUCCAGCAGUCGGGGCUGAAGGAUUCUGCAGACAUAACUGGAACCCUGGCCCAGCAGCUCACAUCAAGAACUAAUGUCCUUCAGGGCUUUGACCACAGCACGAUGACAUAAAGAUGUGUCCAGAAGGGGGCAAUAAAGUUCAUGGUAACUUAU